ACUACUUUAAAAACUCGACUUAGUCUCCACGAGUACUAGAAGAGCACGAAUGGCUAACCAAUAGCCAAGUAUUAAUUUGUCCUAAAGUUAAAAAAAUACAUAUUUUAAAUGAUUUUUUAGAAUGGUUUGUUUGGAGAAACUUGAAAUCAAGCAAACGAAACUGAUUCGUAAUGUCGGUGCUAUUUAAUGCGCCUCACGGUCGCGAAAACGACGAAGAUUCCUUCAGAAAUCGUAACUACAACCAACAAUUUUUGCAAAGAAGAAUUGGUCAAAAGGAGAAGAGAAAAAAUGAGGAAAGUUUAUUGGUUUUUGGAUACGCUUGCAACACAUAUCAUGAUGACGAAAAAGCCAUGUUCUUUGACGAGGGAAAGCAUUUGAUUCCAUGGAUGGGUGAUAAAUCUCUAAUGAUAGAUAGAUAUGAUGGCCGACUACUUCUGGAAGAUCUCACAUCUUUUAUUUCCAAAGCAUCACAGCUGUCAACUCAGGAACAAGAGAUUGAACAGCUUUGUGAUCAAGAGAGAUACAGAGCUUUGGAACAUGAUAGAACAAAUUAUUCAGAUGAUGAAGAGGAAGAAAUGAAAAGAUUCAGAGCAGCAAUUGCUUCAGAAGUUGGUUCAUACAAUGAAGUUGGCAUGACUUAUGGCGAAGAGAAUCAUUUCUACCCACAAUACAACUAUGACGCUACUCAUCUUGAGACAACUAACCCAAAUGCUCUGUAUUAUUCUAACAAUGUGCACCAAACUGAAUCUGAACCAAUACCAUUAUUGCAACAACAUUAUCAACUACAACAGAUGCAACAUGAGCAACAAUUAGCACAACAAUCAAUACAGCAACAGCAAAUAGAACAGCCUAGUGAACCGUUGGAAGAUUUUGUCCCACCAAAAGAACUAAAUAUUCCCAAAGAUAUGGAACUGCCAGACACUGCGAAGCACCACGUGAUCAUCGAGAGAACCGCAUUCUUUAUAAAAGAUCAUGGCGCUCAAAUGGAAAUUGUAGUGAAAGCAAAGCAAUCGGGAAAUCCGCAGUUUGAUUUUCUCCAAUUCGAUCAUCGUUUGAAUCCCUAUUAUAAACUUAUCCUAAAGGCUAUACGUAGUGGAAACUAUGAACCUGCAAAGCCCGCAGUUUCUCCUGAAAAAGAAGUUGAAGAAUCGGACGAGGAGUCAUCAGACGGUGAAAUGGAAUUACACCCAUUGCUUACUGCAUCAUUGAGAAAUCCCAUCUCAUCCAAAAAGAAAACUGACAUUAUCCCCCCGUGGAACCUCCUCCACUUCCUCCUGGAUGGACCGUUGUUAAUCCAGGUACACACUUGUCCAAAAGACCCUGGUACAUCCUCAUUCACUAUGAAGGCAGACACUUUCUUGGCAACCAUGAAUAUGAUGGGACAUGCUGGUGAACACACCUUGACGUAUUCUGAUAAUUCAUAUGUAAUACCUGGUACACAUUCAUCUGUUGAGAGACAUGAGAGUCCUCGAGAUUCAUCGAUAUUUUACCAAAACAAUUCUCAGGCAAAUCUGUCAAAUCUUUUCUAUCAUGAUAAUGAAGCAUACGGCGGCCAUCCCAUAAUUCCUCCGCCACCUGACCUAAAGCCCAUUUGUGACAAACUCGCUCAGUACGUUGCAAGAAAUGGAAAACAAUUUGAAGAAAAUAUUCGUGCUAAAAAUGAUCCAAGGUUUGAUUUUAUAAAUGAAACCAGUGAUCAUUACACGUAUUAUCGAAGCAGAAUUCGUCAGUUCCAGAACGAUCCUGGAGAAAUUAGUAAUAAGUCCGUUGAAGAAAAUGUAAACAAAAGCGGAGUGCUGGUGCCGAGCUCUAAACCCGUUAGCUUUCAAAUCAAAAAGAAAGACGAUAAAAGAACUGUUAUGGAGUAUAAAAGUAGUAUCUUGUAUAAGACUGCCAAGGCUGAUGAAAAUGACGAGGAUGGUCUACAAAAGGAUAUCACGGGGAUUGAUGUUGAUAGCAAGAAAGGUGGCGGCACCAAAACUCAAGAAGAUAUAAUUGCCGAAGAAAGAGCAACUAAACUGAAACAAGAAAAGGAGAAGGAAGUUGAAAGACUAGAGGAAGAAGCAAAGUCAACGACAUCAUCACUUCGACGUCAAGUUCAACUAGAGCGACGACGCCGUGCUCAACUCUUCAUAAACAUGCUAAAGAAAGCCAAUCCAUCUUCAUCUGAGCAAGCGGCCGAAAAUUCAAGAACAGGAAACACAAAUCUAUGAUCUUUGACUCACGUUAAGCUCACAGUAAAAUUGGAUACAGUGUAAAAGUACAUGUACAGUCGGCAUUGCAAGAAAUCACGUGUUUAGUAAAGAACAAGAAUGAUUGUUUUUCUGGAUUCUAGACAUUCUGAGGUAACAUUACUUUUAAUUCUCGAUUUUUGGCGUUUUUAACUAAACGUUCGACAAUAACGUCUGGUCGCAGUGACGAGCAUUAGAUGAACCAAUGGAAAUUCCAUAUAUCGACCUUUAGGAACAUUAGGGAAUUUGUGUGAGCAAGAUUUUUUGGCACCAUAGCGGCCAUAGCCUUCAACAAGCAGUAAAAUUAUUAUAUUAAUUGUUAUUACUCAAGGCAAUAGUACUGCUCACAAUACUUUGCUUUUCUAAGUUCAUCAAUCACGAAUAUGAAAAGCCGAGGAAUUUUAGCGCCAGAUUAUUUUGGUGUAGUAUUUGGCGUCUGAAACGUAAAUCAUUUCUUUGUAUGAAGUUGGUUUCUUGGUUAAAUAUUGAUGGCUGCUAAAACUAACAUAAAGUAGAACAAAGUGACGAACCUUCAUAAGCUAUGAUAGCAUCGAUUUUGCCACCGACAAAGAUUUGUAUAUAAUAAAAUUUUUAUAAAAUGAA